AUGGUAUGUCAGCAACACAAUCGAUAUAAAAUAUAUCAAGAUUGUCUCGGUGAUUCAUUGUUAAAAGAUAUGGUUGAUUGGUCGGAUAUUGAAGAGUUGGGACCAGAAUGCGACGAAGAGUGUCGAACGAUCAUGGUUGAAGCCAUACAAAAGUUUAUUACAGUUUGCAAAAGAAAACUCAUAUCAAACGAGACUGGAUCCUUUACAGAAUUGAAUUCUUGUGAUUACUCUCAAUAUAUUAGAAAACAAUUAAUUCCAAAUACAGAUGGCGUUUAUGAAAACAUUGAAGACAACUUAAUGGUCAAAUGGGAUGACAGCCAAAAUCAACAUCAUCUUGUACCAAAACAAUCACUCUCGAACAAAGAUAGAAAUAGUGUUCUUUCAGAUGAUGGUGGUGGUUAUGUAUCUACACGAUGUACAUGUCCUGUAGGUAGAUGUAAACACAUAAAAGCAACGGCAAUAGCAAUGUAUCAUCGACUCCAACAAUCAUCUUUGAAAAAACAACAACCUACACCUAUAAGAUUAUUCAGAGAGUUGUUGCAUAAGCUACCAAAGCACGAUUUGAUCAAUAUGAUCAUCGACCUCAAUUUCCCUGGUCACGAUGACAACGAUUAUGAAACAGACGACGAUGAUGAAGAUGAUAGUGAUCUAAAUAAUGAAUAUCAUGAUGAUGAAGAUGAUGAUGAAUAUCAUAAAAGAAAAAUAUAA